CCCUUUGCGUUUUUGCAGCCAUUGCAGCCCAAGUCUGCGGCCGGGGGGGAAGGAAAGGGAAUUGCACCGCGUGGCUCGGUCACCUCCAGCCCGGCAACCCCUCCGCCGCUUCUCCUGCAAAACUCCGGGUCCCUGGCAUGGUCUUCCUCACUUCCUCGCUUUGGCUCCGUGGCGACGUUGCCGCCCGAUUCUGGCGCAAGCAACAGAUCCUCAAACAUGCCCUGCAUUUUCGUGGACGGAAGAAUCGCUGCUAUAGCUUGGCAUAUCGAGCUGUUCGGAGGGCUUUUGUGUACGCCACCAAGGCCAGAUAUCUGAAAAAGAGAGAUAUGAGGACGCUUUGGAAAACCAGGAUCGAAGCGGCAUCGCUGGAGCAUGGUGUGAAGUACCAUAAUUUCGUCAGUGGCCUUUAUAAG